AUGCGCCUGUACGCCUUGCUAUUCGCCAUAUUCCUCAGUCUAGAUGCCUAUAAAAUUCUAGUGUAUUCAAAUUUAUUCGGUCACAGCCAUGUGAAAAUGUUGGGAAGUGUCGCCGAUAUUCUGACAGACGCCGGACACAAUGUGACGGUUUUGAUGCCGAUCAUCGAUGUGAACGAGAGGAAUCGAACCGGAUUGAAGAGCACCAAGAAUCUCGUUAUGGUCGAAGCAAACGAAAAGACGAGAACCAAAUUCAGUGAAGUAAAAGAUUUCAUGUCAAACUUUUGGACGUUGGAACAAUCGAAUCCAUUCUCGCUUCUCUUCAGAGCUGCCGACAUGGCUGAGUUGUUCACAUACCCAUGCAUAAACGUUCUUUCUCAGAAGGAUUUGAUCCAGAAGUUCAAAGAUGAGAAUUUCGAUUUAGCAUUGACAGAGCCUUUUGAUCUCUGCGGAUACGCCUUCUUCGAUGCCAUCCAAGUGCCUGCUCACGUCUCUGUCCUUGCUUCUAGUCGUUUGGAUCAUGUGUCAGAAGCUCUGGGCCAACCGACAGCCGCCAGCUAUGUGCCAGGAACGCAAUCAGUUUAUACUGAUCGGAUGAAUAUGAAAGAAAGAUUUUUGAAUCUUCUUCAAAAAAUUGAUCCAAAAACGAGAUCCUGGAGAGAUAUCAUGCCAGAGAGCACAUUCGUCUUCACCAACAAUAUUCCAAUUUUGGACUUCCCAGCGCCAACCUUUGACAAGAUCAUUCCAAUCGGCGGAAUUUCUGUGGUCACUGAUAAGAAGAAGAACGCGCUUCCAGAGAAAUGGAAUAAGGUGCUCAGUCUUCGCAAAAAGACAAUUCUGAUCUCAUUCGGAUCGAAUGCCAAGUCGGUUCAGAUGCCGGAGGAAUACAAACAGUCAUUCCUCAAAGUGUUCAACAUGAUGCCCGAUGUGACAUUCAUCUGGAAGUACGAGGAGGAGAACUCGAAGAUUGUCGACCAUCUCGACAACGUCUUCCUCGGAACAUGGCUUCCUCAGAAUGAGCUGCUCGCCGACAAACGGCUCACGGUAUUCUUGACCCACGGCGGUCUUGCGAGCACCACGGAGCUAGCAGUGCUGGGCAAGCCGUGCAUCAUGGUCCCAUUGUUUGCGGAUCAGGCAAGAAACGCCAAAAUGCUCGAACGGCAUGGUGGUGCGAUUGUCCUUGACAAAACCGAUCUAUCGAAUCCGGAGAAGAUCAAGAAAACGUUCGAGGAGAUUCUGAAUAACGAUUCAUAUCGGAAGCAUGCCGAACGAGUCGCUGAAAUGCUCAAUAAUCAGCCGGCGAAUCCACGUGAGACCUUCGUCAAACACGUGGAAUUCGCGACAAGAUUCGGACGAAUGCCUUCAAUGGAGCCAUAUGCCCGCCAUCAAUCAUUCAUCGAACACUUCUUCUUAGAUAUUAUUGCGAUUGCUCUCCUCGUCGUGAUUACUGUAACUACCGUAUCCUUCAUGGUCCUUCGAUGUCUUCUCAGGAGAAUUUAGAGUCCCGAUACGAUGAGCAAACUGUUUCGCCAAUUCAAUUCGCCAAUAUUCCGGCAAUUGUACGAGCUGCAAUCGAGCACCUACACCUACAUUCUCGGCUGUCAGAAGACCGGCAAAGCGGUGAUCAUCGAUCCGGUGAUCGAGACGGCGCCGCGCGACGCUCGCAUUAUCAAGGAGCUCGAUCUCGAUCUGAUCUACGGCCUCAACACCCACGUGCACGCCGAUCACGUCACCGGCACCAGCGCGUUGAAGCGCGCGUUCCCCGAAAUGCGCUCGGUGUUGGCGAGCACGUCGGGCGGCAAAGCCGACAAGUUCGUCAACGACGGGGACCUCAUCGAGUUCGGCGAGAUGAAGCUCGAGGUGCGCGCGACGCCCGGUCACACCAACGGCUGCCUCACGUUCGUCUCUCAUGAUUUGAAGCACGCCUACACCGGCGACGCCCUUCUGAUCCGCGCGUGUGGUCGAACCGACUUCCAAAAUGGUGAUGCUCACAAACUCUACAAUUCGAUCAAGAGCAAAAUAUUCACACUGCCAGAUGAUUAUGAAAUUUACGUUGGACACAAUUAUGAGGGAGUCACCAAAUCAACGGUGCUUGAAGAGAAGAAGCUCAAUCCGAGACUUACAAAAAGCGAGCCGGAGUUUGUCGAGCUCAUGAAGAACUUGAAUCUCGCCUAUCCGAAACAAAUCGAUCGCGCGGUUCCGGCGAAUCUCAUCGACGGCGAAACGAAAGGCUAA